AAAAGAGCGGCACAGUGAAUAUCAUGACUUAGAAUGGCUUUUCUAGCGGACUAAACCAGCAGCAUCUGCAGCUCUUUGUCUCUCCUUCUCUUCUAUCUGUCUUCCCUAGUUCCCUUCUCUUCUCUUCCUCAUGUGCGUGUGACCACAAAGAAACCACAGCAUUCGGUCGCCUUCUCACUCAAGCAGUUUGUAUAUGUAAAUGGGGUUAGACACAGAAUUAGAAUUUGAGAAGUAUUGCAGUAUAGGUCAGAGUCCUAAAAUUGGUCCUCGAUCACAUAGUCAUGGUUCAAAAGUUGAAAAAAGAGAUGUAAAAAGAAAACCUAUGAGUGGAAGCCACCUUGUAAGGCAGAUGGAUCAAGACUCCACAGAAAUUACCUUUGGUAACUCCAGGAGUUUGUCCUGUAAAAGUGUGCCUUCUGGAGCAGCUGAAUAUGGAAGUAAUGGGGAGAUGAAGCGAGGUUCUAUAUAUCAAAGCUCAAAGACAGUAAGGAAAAUAAAGAAAAUGGGUGAGCUUGAGGGAAGAAGAAAGAUAGAAUUGUCACGUAGCAGUGACACAUCUCUGUCUUUCAGGAUAUUUGACACUUUAUCUGAGUCAAAUGAUUACAUCCCACCUAUGCAGCAGAAGAGAUCUCCACUAAUGCCUUUAAUGACUGAUAUGGAGACAGCUAUUAGCAAGACCUACAAGGAGCCAGAUUCUCAGGAUUUCUUUGAUUUGUCCUUCCGUGUUCCCUCCUCCACAUGUAAUAUUGCGCAUGAAGAUGUCUCUGCAGAUGGUUUCUUUGAGAUCUGCCUGGAUCCAGAGGACAGAAAACCAUGUCCUGCUGAGACAAUUGGAAGGGGCUUGUUGGGGGAAGUUAGUUUUAGAUGUAAUCAGACUAUUGGUCCUCUGAACAAUAGUAAUGACUUCUUGGAAAGAGAGACAGUCCACACUUUGAACAAGUCCUCAUCAGAAAAAGUGGGGAUGCCAUAUUUACCUUGCCUAUCAGAAAGUGAUCCCUCUAAAGCCAGCCCAAAGGGAAGGUUCAGCCCUAUUAGAAGGAUGUUGGAUCCAAUCAUGAAGUCCAAAUCUCAGCGAAGUCCAUCAGUUUCAAUAGCAGAAUUUGGUGAUUUGACAACAAUGACAUUGCCGAACAUGAGGAGGAACAGGACACUUUGCAAAUCUUUGUUGCAGGACUUCUCAAACACCGUGGUGAAGGAGCAAUCUAGUGCUCAGUUUAGCAAUAAAGAUCAGCAGAGUUCAGUUGUUUCUACAUCACCAGCUCACCUCCAUGGCUUUCUCAAGCUAGAAUACAAGCAUGGGGCCCCGUUCUUUAAGUUCUUUGUAAGGGACUUUGAAGAUGUACUUACAGCAAAGACAUGGAAAGCAAAUAAUGCUUUUAAUUGGGUUUAUACUUUCCAUUCUACAAACAGUAGAAAGAAGAACAAUAAUAGCGGAUGGGGUACAAAGGAGAGGCACAAAGAGGCCUCCGUGGUUGGCCAGAUGCAAGUUUCAUGUUAUUUGUGUUCAGAAAUUAGAAGUGGUGGAGCAUUUGAUUACUCUAUGGUGACAGAGUUUGUGUUGUAUGACAUAGGUCAUGCAAGGAAGAGCUUGGCUGCUGAACAAAGCUCUCCAUGUUCUCCAGACUCCAUUAAGCCUAUUAAUGGUACUUCCGGUGAAGCCUUGAUCAAGGGGCCAUCUAUGGAUCCAAAUGAUGUAUCUGAUCUAGAAAAUCACAAGCUUCAACCACGACAUGCUUCCGGUGGUGAUGUCUCUGAUGCUUCAACAUCUUGUCCUUGGUCACCUGCAGAUUUGCAUCCAAACCUUGAAAUUGCAGCUAUUGUUAUUCAAGUGCCAUUUGAGAAAAGGGAAAGCUUGAAAGACAAGCAAGAGGUUUGCAGUAAAGCAUAUUCAGAUUUAUUUGAGUCUUCCAUGGUUGAGCAGAGAAAUGAUGACAAGCAAAGCAGCACUAGUCCCGCAAAUGUGAAAGUGGUAACAGUGACUGGGACGCAUGGUUUGCCAAGUACUGAUGAUGGUUGUGGCCCUUCACCAUUACUGGAUCGAUGGAGAUCUGGUGGUCACUGUGAUUGUGGUGGUUGGGACAUGGCCUGCCCCCUUUUUGUUUUUAGCAAUCCUACUACUGGAAAUGUUGGAGAUAACCCUUCUACAGAGAAUGUAGAACUGGUGGAACUCUUUGUUCAGGGAGUGAAAGAGAAGAUGCCAGCCUUGACCAUAACAGCUAUUGAUGAAGGGCAAUAUUCAGUUGAUUUUCAUGCCCAACUGUCCUCAUUGCAAGCAUUCUCAAUUUGUGUUGCUAUCUUGCAUAGUGCAGAAGUUUCCACUGUAAUUGGACAAGAGAGGACCAGGCAGAGGUUGCAUAACGAUUCGCUUAAAGUGCUGCUUGAGGAGGAAGUUAGAUUCUUGAUUGAAGCAGUUGCAGGGGAAGAGAAAAGAAAGGCCACAAAACGAAUGGAGGAAACCCCACCAUGUUUCAUCCUGAAUCCACCUUUCUCUCCCAUUGCACGAGUAUAGUUUGAAAUAGCAUUCUCGAUGCCUUGACCUCACUUUAGUAAUAGAAACCCAGAGCUAGUUAAGAGAUCUCUGGGUUACCCGUUCCUGUCAUAGGUGCUGGAACAUUACUCCUUGCAGGUGUUGAAAUCCAUCUGAGAAUGUAUUAUUCAAUUCUUUGUACUAGUGAUUCUGUCCAUAUUAUUUAAAGGUUAAGGGGAAAAAAGUUAUUAUACCACGAAAUAAACUAUUUCUCAA